UAUUAUAUUGUUUGUAUUGUAGGUUUGUCUGCUAAGUACUGUUAGAUGAAUUUACCUUACAAAUUCCGAAAUAAAAAUACAGUACCAAAAUUUCGAUCAGUUCAUUGAUUUGAAUGAUUUAUAUUGUGGUUAAGUUUGAGUUAAAAGCAUCAAUUGUAAAUUAUAUUUCCUCAAGAGAAAAUUUAACUGCAGAGCCUAACUUAGGCACCUUGGACUAACUUAUUGAACACAGUGUUUGUGUUAGCCUAAGUUUAAAUUUAUUUUUACUUUUUAGUUAGCAUUAGCCUAUUUAAAGUGGAAAAAACUUCUUCACUCGCUGUAUGAUAUUGAAAAUGUUUGAAGAUAAUGCUUAUGAACCUAUUGCAGAAAUUUAUUUAACGCUGAGUAGCCAACCAAGCUAUGAUGACAUAUACUGUUUGUGCAGUCGAGUUUUCGUGGAGGGUGUGAAUGGUGUUGAGGAAGAAGCUCAAGAUUGUCCUGGCGUAGAAGCAGCUACUCUGAUAGAAACAAGCAAACCUGAACAGUUGGGAGAAAGUACGGUUAGGUUCUACAACUCCUCUGCUGAGUCCCAUACUGUCCACACGCCCAGAAAAAGUCAUCAGGAGGAAGCAGUGAGCUGUUACUGCAGUGCUUCUCACUACUCAACAGACGAACACGACAGUCUGAGGGACAACAGUGGACUGCAACACAGCGACAGUGGAGCAGAUCUGUCGGAGAGCUCCAGGGAUCCGGACUGGGACAGGUAUUGGACGCUUCACGGAGAACGUCUAAUCUGGGAAAGUUGGAUAUCCAAGUACGGCUCGUUCAUAGAUCCUAGUUAUUUACAGCAGAACACUGUAGACACGACCCAGAGUCCAGCCGAAGGUGAUGAAACUUCCUUCUGUGUUCAGUGUGAGAAAACUUGUGAUCCCAAUAGAAAAACUUCAUUCAGUGGUUUAUUACCGAAUGUCAAAACUGCAAAAUUCAGUGCAGAAUAUCAAAGUUCCAUAGAUGGGGAGAAAGUUGACGAGGCGCCGCUAAUUUUAGUGGACAUUGUUAAAACCGAAGACGAUUUUCUGUUGCGUAGGCUUUCCGAUAUUUCCGAAACAGCAAAGUCGCUCUCCGGAAAGAGUGAAGACUCAAAUUUAGACGAUACAGAUAGAUUGCGUUUGAGUGUGGUGAGUAGAUGUUCAGGCAGUAGUGCGCCAUUGUCCGCUACGACAGACUCUAUGACCAAUGUAACUCGGAUCACACUGUCAUCGUCAGACUCUAGUUACGGCUUGGACGACUCGUCAGGCAAGAGCAGCUCUCUGCUGUCGUCCUCGGACUCGAACAACUCAGUGGAUCAGCAGUGGCAGCACCUGUGGGCAGAACACUUCAACCAGCAAUACUAUUACCACUACAACAAGUUCACCCAGCGGUACAAGAAAAAGGACUGCGAAGAGGCAAAGACUGAUUCAGGAUUUAUCGUAGAAGACAGCCGAGUAUCUCAGCAAACUCACCACCAAGAGUCUAUUGACGACGUUGUGAGCAUAGAGACACAAGACAGCGUUAGUGAGGGUGAACAUUCAAAACCUCCGUCUGUCAGCAGCAAGUCUAGCAGCAAAAGCGACCAGUCCAAAAGGAACAAAGAGAAAAGGUCUAGGUUGCUGCCUGUCCCAGUCGGCUACAUACUACAGCAGUUGAAGGCAAUGUCUGUAGAGCCGAGCGAAGGAAUACAAGAGGAAGACGAGAGUGUGUCCCUGUCUAGACCUUCAACUUUGGAGAGUGUUGCGCAUUUGGAACGUCAAGAAACGGAGUGUGUAAAUGAUGAUAGCACUGCAGUAGAAGAUAACGAGAAUGAAGCUAUUGUGAACUGUCAAAGUGUGAGUGUUGAUAGAAAAACUGUGGAGACUCCCGAAGAAAACUGUAAACAAGACGGUUUGAGUGACAAUGAGGCUUGUGAAAACGAUCAAGACGAAGCUAUGGAGAGGAAUUGUGAUAACGACUGUAACAUCAGGCACGGAGUUAAAAGGAGCCAUGAAAAUGAAGCCAACGGAUCCUGUGCAGAAAAAGUCAAGAGCGCUUACCAGCUGAUGGGUUUUAUGUUUGACAUGGAGAAAACGAAGAAGAUAAGAAAAGCGUCUGUUUGGUACAAGAAACGUUUCAACCAGAUAAGGUUCCAGAAUCGCAUAUUACGGCUGCACAAACCUAUGCCCAACAAGAAAAUUUAUUUUGAUGACGAAGGAGAAGUGGUCAAUGAAACUUUGCCAAAGCCAAGGACUACAGAAGAUGUAGACAAUCCAGAGUGUUUUGCCGAUGCUUUGGAUACUUCUGAACUUCAUCCCGAUCAUGAGUCUCAUGAAUUGAAGAAAAUGGAAGAUUUCUCAGAAAAAGACGACUCUUCCGAUGAUGGUCAAGAAGUGUUCUUCUCUGCUGAAGAAGACUAUGUAGACGGCGGACAGGAGAGACGGGAAUACAAGUCAAAAAAUGUACAAAAGAGGAAGAAAAAGAAGCAGUUUAAAAAGAAGUCUGCCAUUCCAGAUGUGGUGAUUGCUAAUCCAAAGAUACAAAAGUUCUGGCGAAGAAGAUACCAUCUGUUCUCAAAGUAUGAUGAAGGAAUAAAAUUGGACGAAGAGAGCUGGUAUUCCGUGACGCCAGAGCCCAUUGCUACUUUCAUCGCUGAACGGUGCCGCUGCGACCUGGUUGUGGACGCAUUCUGUGGAGCCGGUGGAAACGCGAUACAGCUGGCCUUCACGUGUGAAAGAGUAAUCGCGAUUGACAUAGACCCUCACAAAAUUGAGCUGGCUCGCAACAACGCCCGAGUGUACGGCGUGGAGGAUCGGAUAGAGUUCAUCACCGGUGACUUCCUACAGCUCGCUCCUCAUCUCACUGCGGACGUGGUGUUCCUCUCGCCGCCGUGGGGAGGUCCUGACUAUGUGAGGAGGUCUGUCUACCCAUUCUCGGCUCUGUUGCCCGUGGGAGGCCGGGAGCUGUACCAGCUGGCCUCUGGGAUCACUGAAAACAUUGUGUUCUACCUGCCCAAGAAUGUCAACACCCAGGAGGUCGUGGAGUGUGCAGGGCCUGGAGGCUCUGUAGAGUUGGCACAGAACUUCCAUGACAGAGAACUGGUUGCUAUCACAGCUUACUUCGGCGAACUCGUCAACGUCAAUGAAUAAACACAUUCCACUUCGCUACCAGUACGCUCAACAAGCUUCCCUGUUAGUUUAAGUUUUGUUUUGUAUGUUUUUACAUUUUUUGACGUUAGAGUUUUAAAUGUCAGUUGUAUUCUCGUACCUUACCAAAGAUAGGUAUUGUACUUAGAUUUUAUUUCAUAGAAACUUCUCAAGACUAUUCUGUGAUUAAUAAUAGUCUCAUUCAGAGUCGUGAUUCGAGUAGGUCUCAAGUUACUUUUGAGCCAAUGUUCAAUAUUAUGUAAGGUUUUGUGUUGUCAAUUUAUGUAUUUUUUAUAUAAUUGCAAUUCGUUACAUAAUGUAUAUGUACAAUAUGUGUUAGAUUUGUUGUUUGUUUUUCAUAUUUAGUGCAAUACGUUCUCUUAAAUCCUGAUUGCUAAAUAGAUCUUGCAACUUUGAAAUCUAUUUUAGUUUUUCAAAACUCAACAAUUUUAUUUAUUUUUAUUCGCACUAUACAAAAAAGUGAUCAUAUACUUCCCCUCACUUCCACUCCAUUUUUUACAUCCCUGAUCCUCUGUGCACAACAGUUAAUUAAGGAGAGAUUUUGCAUCCAGUUUAUUAGUUUUCUUUCUGUGCUAUUAUAUUGUUUUCAACUAUAGAUGUAGUGAUUAGAAAAAUGUCUGCCUUUUCAAAGUCAAUUAGUAGAACGGUCACUAGUAGAACAGUCUUAAAACGUGGUCACAAAUAUUAAGGUCACACCUAAUCAACCACACAGUAAACGUAAAAGUACCUUUCCAUUGAAAUCUCCUGAAUUUAUUAUCUAUUAUCGUAAUUAUUUAGCAAUUUCAACAUUUAUUUGUUUUUGUAUUACUAUGCAUUUGCUAGAAUCAGCUGUGUGAAAAAAACUUUUGAAAUGAAGUUUCAAUCCCAAUAUAAGACAAACAAUUUUAUUAAGAUUUUUGUCAUCAUAAACUAUGGCGAAACUCUUAGGCAACAGUCACUUGUCCCAUUGUUAAAUUGUUAUUGUGAACACAAAAAAAUAUAAACUUCUAUUAAAUUUUAAGUUUAUGACCUAGUGAAAGCAAUAAUUUAGCUUACACUGCACUAACUCCAGGGUUAGUACCACCAUGAUAAAACAUACUCCCUUAGUAGAUUUGUCAUCCUAGAUCAGCUAAAGACAAUUUUAUUUUUAGUUCAGUCCGGGGCCGCUAGGAUCGUGUUUUUGUUUACAAUUUGUUUCUUGUUAUUUAAAAUCUUUUUUAACCAAAUAAAACAAGCUGAUUAUAAAUAAUGACUCGUCCCCUAGUUAUAAAACCAAAAAGUAAAGCACAAAUCAUUAAAUUAACCCUAAAACAAUAGAAACAAGAUUUUGUCAAUGUCACUAAACAGAACUAAACACAAAAAACAAGCUUUAAAUUUUACAAUGGGAUGAGAAGUCUACUUGUGUUGGUUAGGCUAAGGUACCGCGUAAGGCAAUUGAACAAUUAUAUAACUGUUUUUUUUAAAUCAAGUAAAGUUUGAAUUUAUUGUACGGAUUUGUCCUGUCACCAUGUGCUAAAAACUAAGUUUUUUUUUUAGAGAUAAUCUUCAAAUUUUUGUGUGCUGUUUGUAAAUAUAUCAAU